UAAACAAAAAGGUAAACUUUGGCUUCGAUUUAAUUUGCUCUCUAUUUCAUUUGGAUUAAUCAUCAAUUUAAUUGUUAAUUUUAAUCUAAUUCUCUCAUCAAUUUAUCUAAUCUUGUCGGACAAUUUGACCUGAUAGAUAAUCAGUCAUGUCAAAACGUCAUAGGGUCGAUCUUGGUGAAAGAACCAAGAGCAGAAGGUUUGAUCUUGAAGAUGAUUCAACCAAACUUAAAGGAGAUUCUAAUCCUGGUACUUCCUGGGCAAGUGGAGAUUUACCUGGAUCAACUUUAGCCUCAACAUCAUCAGCAGCAACAAUGAUUGGAUCAACUUCAUCAACCAAAACUGCAGGAAUUAAUCCCUUGAAUAAAUUACCUUAUUCUCAAAAAUAUUAUGAAAUAUUUCGUAAAAGGAUCCAACUUCCUGUCUGGGAAUAUAAGCAAAAAUUUUUUGAUCUACUCGACAAAAAUCAAAUUCUUGUUCUGGUUGGUGAAACUGGUUCAGGUAAAACUACUCAAAUUCCUCAAUGGUGUGUUGAUUAUCUUCGGGAAAACAACAAGAAAAUAGGUGUUGCAUGUACUCAACCAAGAAGAGUGGCAGCCAUGAGUGUGGCGACUCGUGUAGCUGAAGAAGUGGACGUUGCCUUGGGAGCAGAAGUCGGUUAUUCGGUUCGAUUUGAAGAUUGUACCAGUAAAUCCACUGUUCUCAAGUACAUGACCGACGGUAUGCUCUUGAGAGAAGCCAUGUCAGAUCCUUUAUUGGAAAAUUAUUCCAUCAUUUUACUCGAUGAAGCCCAUGAAAGAACUUUAGCAACCGACAUUCUGAUGGGCGUUUUAAAACAAGUUGUCACCAAAAGAAAAGACCUGAAAAUCGCUGUGAUGAGUGCUACUUUGGACGCUGGUAAAUUUACAGACUACUUUGACCAGGCACCUUUGCUUAAUGUACCAGGGCGAACUCACCCUGUGGAAAUAUUUUACACCCCUGAGCCUGAACGAGAUUAUCUUGAAGCGGCGAUUCGAACCGUUAUCCAAAUUCAUGUGACCGAAGAAAACGAAGGAGAUAUUCUUGUUUUCUUAACUGGACAAGAGGAAAUUGAAGAAGCCUGUAAAAGGAUUAAACGUGACAUCGACAAUCUUGGACCUGAUGUUGGUGAAAUUAAGUGCAUUCCCUUAUAUUCAAAUUUACCACCAACUAUGCAACAGCGGAUCUUUGAACCCGCUCCAGCAAACAAACCAAACGGUCUAAUUGGUCGUAAAGUUGUUGUUUCGACCAAUAUUGCAGAAACAUCGCUUACAAUUGACGGUGUUGUCUUCGUUAUCGACCCUGGUUUUGCGAAACAAAAAGUGUACAAUCCCAGAAUUCGUGUUGAAUCACUUCUAGUAUCUCCUAUUUCAAAAGCUUCCGCUCAACAAAGAGCGGGUAGAGCAGGUCGAACCAAACCUGGAAAAUGUUUCCGUCUUUAUACUGAGAAAGCAUAUAAACAUGAAAUGCAAGAAAAUACUUAUCCCGAAAUCCUCCGGUCUAAUUUGGGCUCCGUUGUGUUACAAUUAAAGAAACUCGGAAUUCAUGAUUUGGUUCAUUUUGAUUUUAUGGAUCCACCGGCUCCUGAAACAUUAAUGAGAGCUCUUGAAUUACUAAACUAUGUUGGUGCUCUUGACGAUGAAGGUGAAUUAACCGAACCAGGUUCAAUUAUGGCCGAGUUUCCAUUGGAUCCUCAAUUAGCGAAAAUGUUAAUAGCUUCAUGUGACUUUAAUUGCUCCAACGAGACUCUAUCAAUAACAGCUAUGCUCUCAGUGGCUCAGUGUUUCGUACGACCAAAUGACCUCAAAAAAGUUGCCGAUGAAGCAAAGAUGCGUUUUGCUCACAUUGACGGAGAUCAUUUAACUCUAUUAAAUGUUUAUCAUGCAUUUAAACAACAUCACGAUGAUCCCCAAUGGUGUUAUGAAAAUUUCAUCAAUUAUCGAUCAAUGAAAAGCGCUGAUAAUGUCCGUCAACAAUUAUCUCGAAUCAUGGAUCGAUUUGAUUUAAAAAGAGUCUCAACUGAAUUUAAUCAUAAAGAUUAUUACGUUAAUAUAAGAAAAGCAAUUGUUGCAGGAUUUUUCAUGCAGGCUGCUCACUUGGAAAAGAAUGGUCAAUAUCGAACCGUAAAGGACAAUCAAAACGUUCAACUUCAUCCAUCAACUUGUCUUGAUCAUAAACCUGAAUGGGUUAUUUAUAAUGAAUUUGUAUUAACUACCAAAAACUAUAUCAGAACUGUAACUGAUAUUAAACCAGAGUGGCUUUUAAGGAUAGCACCAAAUUAUUACGAUCUAGACAAUUUCCCUAUUGGUCAAGCUAAAAACCAAUUAGAAUACAUAAAAGCCAAAAUGGAAUCGCAAAAAUUUACCCAAGGUUUUCCCCUACCCUCUUAAUUGGAAGCAGUUAAUUAAUUUCAAUUGUAUUGGUUUUUAACAACUUAUUGAUUCACACACAUUCAGUUGACAUUAGCGACCAAAUUUAUUUAAAUACUUCACCAUUAAUCUUAUCGUUUUCAUAUUCACAUAAUCUUGAUCCUUUAUCCGUUCCGAUAAUUGUUGUCUUCCGGAUCCUUUUCAUUACGAAUCUAAUAACAUCAAACACCAUGUAAUUUGAAUAAUCAACAGUUCCCUAAACAAUUAACUAAUUAAUCUUCAACAAUUAUUGAAAAUUUUGUUACAAUUUCAAUAAUCUUUAAGUUGACAUUUCCUCAAUCAAUUUGUUAAUAAAAAUAAACUUAAGAUUGAAAAACAUUUA